CUCAAUCUAGUUAAUUAAACUCAUUUUUAUUUUAUUUUUUUAAUAUGUUAAUCCCCGCCCCUGCAGUCGGCCACGUGCCCUUAGGCUGCUAAAAUACUGGACUGAAUCCAAUCAUCCAUCCUUGUAAUAUUCUCUCUCCUUCGUCUCCACCGCCGGCUGACCUCAUCCGGAGUCUUCUCUCCUCCGCGCCGACGAACGCAACCAAAACGCAAGACUACACUGGAAACUGAAAGGUUAGGGAUCUAGUCGCAAGAAUUGUCAAACGCCGCCUCCCGCAGCAAAAUCUUUAGAGAUGCAUCCUCUCUACGCGGUGAUCGCGACGAGGAUGGUCUCCACCAUGGCCCAAUCGGAGACCGGCGACGAGAUACCUUACGGAACCGUCACCUGGUUCGUCUACGCCGGAAUAUCCUGCUUCCUCGUCAUCUUCGCCGGAAUCAUGUCCGGCCUCACUCUCGGCCUCAUGUCCCUCAGUCUCGUCGACCUCGAAAUCCUCCAGCGCAGCGGUACCUCCGCCGAGAAGAAACAAGCAGCGGGUAUACUUCCUGUGGUUCAGAAGCAGCAUCAACUUCUGGUGACUCUACUUCUCUGCAAUGCCGGUGCGAUGGAGGCACUACCUAUAUACUUGGACAAGAUGUUCAACCAAUACGUUGCAAUUAUACUCUCAGUGACGUUUGUUCUGUUCUUUGGGGAGGUUAUUCCACAAGCAAUAUGCACCAGAUAUGGUCUCGCCGUGGGUGCCAAUCUAGCUUGGCUUGUGCGUGUUCUGAUGAUCAUUUGCUAUCCCAUAGCAUUUCCCAUCGGAAAGAUUUUGGACUGUGUGUUGGGGCAUAAUGAAGCACUAUUUAGGCGGGCUCAGCUGAAAGCCCUUGUUAACAUACACAGCCAGGAGGCUGGGAAAGGAGGAGAACUUACACAUGAUGAGACAACCAUCAUCGCUGGAGCGUUAGAUUUAACCGAGAAGACUGCUGAAGAGGCUAUGACACCUAUAGAAUCAACUUUCUCCUUAGAUGUCAACUCCAAGUUGGACUGGGAGGCAAUGGGGAAGGUUCUGGCUAGAGGACACAGCAGAGUUCCUGUCUAUUCUGGAAACCCAAAGAAUGUCAUUGGACUUCUCCUGGUGAAAAGUCUUCUCACAGUAAGACCUGAAACAGAGACCCCUGUCAGUGCUGUUUCAAUCCGAAGAAUUCCACGGGUACCUUCAGAUAUGCCACUGUAUGAUAUACUAAACGAGUUUCAGAAGGGAAGUAGCCAUAUGGCAGCUGUAGUUCGGGCCAAAGGGAAAAGCAAAACUGAGAAACAAGAAGAAAACAUAGCAAUAGGGAAAGAUCAGCUAGCGACUCCUUUGCUGUUCAAGGUGGACGAAACACCCGGAACUGUUAUUGUGGAUAUUGAUAGGUUUGCAAGUGCAAGGGCAGGGUACGGAUUGCCUCAACAAUCCGAUCAAGAUAUAGAGGAUGGUGAAGUUAUUGGUAUCAUCACUUUAGAGGAUGUGUUUGAAGAACUCUUGCAGGAGGAGAUUGUGGACGAAACAGAUGAAUACGUUGAUGUUCAUAAAAGAAUUCGCGUGGCUGCUGCUGCAGCUGCAUCGUCAGUGGCUCGAGCUCCAUCAAGUCGGAGGCUAAUAGCAGCCAACAAAGGAGCUGCAGGGCAGGGGAAGUCCGGGCAAACCCCGAGGAAAUGGGACCACGACUCGAGUACCCCGAGGCUAUUAGGAGGAAGUGCUGAUGCUGCUGCAGCAGAACAUUAUAGAAGCAAGACAUCAUAACAUAGUUGACUAAGCAGAGUGUUGGUUUUGGUCCGGUAAUUUAUUUGAGGCAACGAUAAUCUAGAGAAUGAUGGAUUCAAGUUGUAUUGUCCUGUGCCCUAAACUAAGCAAAAGAAAGAAGCAAGUUCAUUGCAGCGUAUCAAUAUAUGUAAACUCAAUGUAUCAAAUUUUGGUUUCCAUCAUUCGUCAAAAUACAAGUGCACUGAUAUA